AUGCUUCGAAGCACACUCAUCAACAACAUAGUCACAGCAGUCGUCUUUGCUCUCCUCUCCAGUCUCGUCUACAUCUACAUAGCAGAGCCCACGCCCGCCAUCAUUGCGUCCACGAAGCUCUCCGCGACCAAACAGUUCCUGACAAGCUCCCUCUUGUCCAGCAUCAUCCAGAAGAAAAGAACAGCGGCGAUUCACACAUCCGCUUCGAUGAGCGCCACCACCACCGAUUCUCCCGUCCCGCGGACCAUCCGCAAGGCCUUUUUGGCGGUCGAGCAGGCCGAGGGCCAAGGCGCGCGGGUGCGCCGCUCCAUCGGCACGCCGGCGCUGCGCAACCUGACGCCGUUUCUGAUGCUCGAUCACUUUUCCGUCAAGCCCGGCGCUGGCUUUCCCGACCAUCCCCACCGCGGCCAGGAGACUAUCACGUAUCUCCUUGAAGGCGCCGUCGACCACGAAGACUUCACCGGCUCCAGCGGCACCAUCAACGCCGGUGAUCUUCAAUUCAUGACAGCUGGAAAAGGCGUUCAGCACGCAGAAAUGCCCCACUUUAAUGCCGACGGGAGCCCCAACGUCGGCCUGCAGCUCUGGGUCGACCUUCCCAAGGAGCUCAAGUACUGCGAGCCGCGGUACCGGGACCUGCGCGCCGCCGAGAUCCCGCAGGUAGACGUGGACGGCGGCAAGGCGACCAUCAAGGUCAUCUCCGGGCAGAGCCACGGCGUCGACUCGGUCCGGGACCUGGCAUACACGCCCGUCUGGAUCCUGGACGUGGCGCUGCGGCCCGGCGCGCGGGUCGUGCAGCCGCUGCCGCGCGGCUGGAACGCGUUCGCCUACGUGCUCGAGGGCGACGGGGUCGUUUUCGGCAAGGAGGGCGAGGGCAACCGGCAGCCGGUCGGGCAGUACUACAACGCCGUCUUCAACGUCGAGGGCGAGGCCGUGUACGUGGAGAACGAUGCGGACGCGGGCGGGGACGCGCGGGUGGCGAUCGUGGCGGGCCAGCCGUUAGAUCAAGACAUCGUGCAGUACGGCCCGUUCGUGCUGACGUCCAAGGAGGAGGUGGUCCAGGCCAUCACCGACUUCCAGACGCACGCCAACGGUUUCGAGCGCUCCAAGGGCUGGCAGUCGGAGAUCGGCAAGAGCAUGCGGUCUUGA